AAAAAACCCAUCAAUCUGCAGGAACGAGAGCAGCAGGAGAGCAUCCUAGGAAAAAAAGUUAGGACCAACUGACCGAGCAAAAAAGGUAGCAUCUCUGUAUCACCAAGGCACCGCCGAUCACAGACCAAAUCCCUCCCCCCUCUGGUCCAUCCCACAAGAGUGGUGUGAGUGUUGAAGAGCUCCUCAACAUGAUGGAUCCGGCCUUGCUUGACGACGUCAUACGCCGGCUGCUGGAGGUGAAGAAUAUCAAGCCUGGGAAGAACGCGCAGUUGUCGGAGUCGGAGAUCAAGCAGCUAUGCGCUGCCGCCAAGGAGAUCUUCCUGCACCAGCCCAACCUGCUGGAGCUCGAGGCGCCCAUCAAAAUCUGCGGUGAUGUCCAUGGCCAGUACUCUUAUCUCCUGAGGCUAUUCGAUUCUGGAACACCUAUCAAUUGAACAAGUCAGCUUUUUGUAGGCCAACCUCCUG